GACCUCUGCCACUCUGUCACCUCUCUCUCACUCUCUCUCUCUCUCUCUGAGCUCUGACAUUACCGUUCACUCGUCCUUUCAUGGCGUCUCCGUCCUCCCAGGUCCUCUGAUCUCCGUCACUGAGGUUCUCUGAUCCUGUCCCUGCUCCCCGCUUUGAGUUCUUGAAGCUCCUGAGUCGAUCUCGGCCGCGUUGGUGGUGGCGGCGGACUGAGAGUGAGGUGAGGGGGGAGGAGGCAUUAGCAGGAGAGAGAGUGAGUCAGGGUUUGCUGUAUGUCAGUAGACUGCGUUGAGACUCACAACAGCUACGGUGGAUUUGGCGCGAUCUCGAACCCCCUGCAAUGGCCCCAGCUCCGCAAAAAGCGACGCCCUCCUCUGCUUGUUGCCUCCAGGGCAACCCCGCCUCCGUCGUCGUCGUACCUCGGGAGGCCGCUCCUUCCUCGGCCUCUGCCUCCGGGGAAUGGACCGUGGCCGCGACCGACCGCCGCGAGGACAAGAAGGCCGCCGCCGCCGUGGCUUCCCUGAUUCGCCCUGUCGACUCUGUCCCUGAUCCUUCCGCAAAUCCUUCGACCAAAGGUGUUCCAGUCAUGCUACGAGCUCAAACAAGCCAUCCUUUGGACCCUUUAUCGGUAGCUGAAAUUUCAGUCGCAGUGGCGACUGUCAGAGCUGCAGGGUCGACUCCUGAGAUUAGAGACAGCAUGCGCUUUGUUGAAGUGGUUCUACUGGAGCCAGAAAAAAAUGUUGUUGCCUUGGCGGAUGCUUAUUUCUUUCCCCCAUUCCAGCCGUCAUUACUUCCCCGAACCAAGGGCGGGCCGAUAAUUCCGAGCAAGCUCCCUCCAAGGCGAGCUAGACUUGUAACUUACAACAAGAAGACGAAUGAGACGAGCAUAUGGGUCGUCGAGCUAUCGGAAGUGCAUGCUGCUACUAGAGGUGGGCAUCACAGAGGAAAGGUGAUCUCAUCGGAAGCUGUUCCUGAUGUUCAGCCCCCUAUGGAUGCAACUGAGUAUGCUGAGUGUGAAGCUGCUGUUAAAGAUUUUCCUCCGUUUAUAGAGGCGAUGAAAAAGAGGGGAGUUGAAGAUAUGGAUCUUGUCAUGGUCGAUGCGUGGUGUGCUGGUUAUUUUAGUGAUGCUGAUGCUCCUAGUCGAAGACUUGCUAAACCUCUCAUUUUCUGUAGAACUGAGAGUGACUGUCCUAUGGAAAAUGGUUAUGCUCGACCAGUUGAGGGCAUUCAUAUUGUAGUUGAUAUGCAAAACAUGGUUGUGAUUGAGUUUGAGGACCGUAAACUUGUUCCUCUACCUCCAGCUGAUCCACUGAGAAACUACACUCCCGGUGAAACACAGGAGGAGGUGUUGACAGGGAGUGAUGUGAAACCUUUACAAAUAAUACAGCCAGAAGGUCCCAGUUUCCGUGUUAGUGGAUACUAUGUGGAAUGGCAGAAGUGGAAUUUCCGCAUAGGAUUUACUCCCAAGGAGGGUCUUGUCAUACAUUCUGUUGCUUAUGUUGAUGGCAGUCAUGGUAGGCGACCCGUAGCUCAUAGGUUGAGCUUUGCGGAGAUGGUUGUACCCUAUGGGGAUCCAAAUGAACCACAUUAUAGGAAAAAUGCUUUUGAUGCUGGGGAAGACGGCCUCGGGAAGAAUGCACAUUCUCUCAAGAAGGGAUGCGAUUGUUUGGGUUAUAUCAAGUACUUUGAUGCUCAUUUUACAAAUUUCACUGGAGGUGUGGAAACGAUUGAAAAUUGUGUAUGCUUGCAUGAGGAAGAUCAUGGAAUCCUGUGGAAGCAUCAAGACUGGAGAACUGGCUUGGCGGAAGUUCGGAGGUCUAGACGGCUAUCAGUGUCCUUUAUAUGCACUGUGGCCAAUUAUGAGUAUGGAUUCUUCUGGCACUUCUAUCAGGAUGGAAAGAUGGAAGCUGAAGUUAAACUCACUGGAAUUCUGAGCUUAGGAGCAUUGCUCCCUGGAGAGGUUCGAAAAUAUGGUACCAUGAUUGCACCUGGUUUGUAUGCACCUGUCCACCAACACUUCUUUGUCGCUCGUAUGGACAUGGCUGUUGACUGCAAACCUGGAGAAGCAUACAAUCAGGUUGUUGAGGUGAAUAUGAAGGUUGAGGAACCUGGAGAAAAUAAUGUUCACAACAAUGCAUUCUAUGCUGAAGAGACACUGCUCAAAUCAGAGUUGCAGGCGAUGCGUGACUGCAAUCCUUUGACUGCCCGCCAUUGGAUUGUGAGGAACACUCGGACUGUCAAUAGGAACGGACAGUUAACUGGCUACAAGCUUGUACCAGGUUCGAACUGUCUUCCAUUAGCAGGCUCCGAGGCUAAGUUUCUGCGCAGAGCUGCUUUCUUGAAGCAUAAUCUCUGGGUGACACCUUAUGCACGGUACGAGAAGUUCCCUGGAGGUGAGUUCCCGAAUCAAAAUCCACGUGUUGGUGAAGGAUUGCCCACAUGGGUGAAGCAGAAUAGACCCCUUGAAGAAACCAACAUUGUCCUUUGGUAUGUAUUUGGGAUCACUCAUGUUCCUCGACUGGAAGACUGGCCGGUUAUGCCGGUGGAGCGCAUAGGUUUCACGCUAAUGCCUCAUGGAUUCUUCAACUGCUCGCCUGCUGUCGAUGUCCCACCAAAUGUGUCAUGCGAUAUGGAUUCCAAAGACAUCAGCAGUGAGGUCAAGGACAACGUGGUCGCUAAAACCUUCCCGGGCGGUGGAAUUCUGGCAAAGCUUUGAAAAGUCAUAUCUGUCCACUCGAAUUUCACCCAUCCUGCCCGGUGGAAUUCUGGCAAAAUUUGAAAAGCUGUCUCUUCUACUUGCUUUCAAUUCGUCUUUGUGCAAACUCUCGAAAUCCCUAUGGAUGUUGUGUCGGGAAACUUCAGUCCCUUGUUGUAUAUGGAUCCAUUUGCUAGACGACUAAAAGGACCGACGUGACUUCGUUUAUCAGCAUGUCUUUUAUCCAUCUUCAUGGUCAGGCUGCCAAAGAUAUCCCGACUUGGAAAGGGUUGUGGUUUUGCCA